UCCUCUCGCGCACAGCAGCGGUUUGCUGUUCGGGGUACGCGUUGACACGUUCUCUCCUUUUCCUGAUUGUCUCGUCCUCCCGACAGGCUAUAAGUACCACACAAACACGAGUCGCGCGAUACCAAACGAGCUACUCAACCGUUCUCGAUGGCUAUCAGCACGACCAACUCGAAAGUCGUCUCGCUCUUUGUCCUCUUCAUCAUCAGCCUCGUCGUGUCUCUCAUCCCGCUGCGCUUCCACAAGUUGGUCUCUCGGCCCGGCGCUCAAAUCGUCCUUCGCUUUCUGUCAUGCUUUGCGGGUGGUAUUAUCUUCGGUACGUCGUUACUUCAUCUCUUUCCUGAGGUAAAAGAGUCGUUUGUUCGCUACAAUGAAGAGGCUGACAAGCACGUGGAAUAUCCGGUGCCAGAGAUGAUGGUGGGUGUCGGCUUCAUGAUGGUCUUCCUACUCGAGCAGACCGUCGCGUCCUGUCGUCGCCAACAACGUGAGACGACGAACAAGUGUGUCGAUGCCUUGCCAAAUGUGGUGAGUUCUGAUAAUCUCGUGGUUGGGACUUGUCUGCCCAUGAGUGUGGAGGAGAAUAGCAGGGAGGUCGAGGAUGUGGUUAAUGAUGAAGCAAUUGAGUCUCACCACGGGCAUUCACAUGGAGUCGAGUUGCUUGCCAAUAAUCCGGGGAUCAAAGAGUAUGCGUUUGCAUCUGCACUGUGUCUUCAUGCGUUGUUCGAGGGGCUCGCGCUGGGGUUCCUUGAUACAUCGAGUCAUGUCUUUCAGCUGCUCGUCGGUGUGUCUCUUCAUAAGGCAACGAUUGCAAUUACGUUAGUUAUCCAGCUGGUGAAGGGUCGUGUCAAGUGGAAGGUGUCGGUCGCCAUUGCUCUUAUCUUCUCGUUCAUCACUCCUAUCGGUAUCGCUGUCGGGACGGGCAUCGAGGCGAGUGGAUCGACAAAGAGUGCACUGGGAACACUAGCGGAGACCAUUCUUCAGGCUAUAGGAGCCGGGACGCUUCUCUACGUUGUUGUCAUGGGAAUUAUUUUGGAAGAAUUCAGAGAGGGCGAUCGACAUUUACAGAAGUCAUUAUGUUUUUUGGUCGGCUACCUCUUGGUAGGACUCUUGGCAUUUAUACCGGAAGAUCAUCACGACGACGAUCAUUCGGAUCAUUGUAAUGGGACGUUGACUGACGUUUCGUAGUUGAUUUUUAUGUUUAACUGCAUGAGGCGAUCCAAUCCAUCUACUGAUGUCCAGAGAGUGUUAAGACUGGAGAGUCUUGUUAAAGAAUUAUAUUGUCAUAUCAAA